UCUCUUCAAAAAGAAAGAAAGAAAGUCACUCACUUGUCACUCGUCACUCUGCCACUUCUUCGUCGGUGUCAAACUCACACAAACUCAGCAUUCAAAACCCUCUUCCUGCGCCACCGCCGGAAAAUGGAGGCGGUGGGUUCGAGACUCAGCCGCGCCUCCUCCCGCUACGGCGCCCCCACCGUGUUCAGCGGCCCCGUCAGAAAGUGGAAGAAGAAGUGGGUCCACGUCACCCCCUCUUCCUUACCCAACAACAGCUCUCACUCUCACACUAACAACUCCACCACCACCAGCAGCGCUUCCUCUCGCCUCCUCCUUCGCCGUUGGACUCCCGCCACCGUCGACGACGCCGCCGGAGCCGUCUCCGACGAGCCUCCCCGAAGAAAGUUCCGUUACACCCCUGUUGUUGUCCUAGAAGAACAGAAAAAGAUGAAUGUUGUGAAGGCUGAACAUGAACCCACAAUUGAGACUGACCAAUUGGCUGCUAGGCAGACAAAUGUGACUCAUGAGAUGCAGGGAAAACUGAACAUGAAUGAAAUGUUGGAGGAAACCAAGGAUUCAAACAUUGGUAAUUUAGAUCUUGGUUCAGACUUCCAAAGCAACACCGGUGGAAACAGCCAGAACAGUGAUGCUCAAUUGGAAAAUAGUAUGUAAUGGGUGGUCCAUGAACUUGGUAUCUGUAAGUAGGAAAUCAAGCUGUUAGGCAGUGAAGUGUUCAUUCAAGAAAUACUAAGCUAGUAUAUAUUACCUGUUAUCACCGUACAUCUUACCAUUCUAUAUUGACUUAUAAUGUAGUUAGCCAUAAUCUUGUGUAUAGUUAGCACUUAACUAGUGCUGCCUAUAGGAAUGAUAAGUAACUAGUUUUGAUCAGCAUAGGAUAAUCAGUUGUAUUUUGUGAUGGAACAUAUGCAUGAUGUGAUGCUACUAAGGAGCUGAGUAUAUAUUUUUAAAUAUAAAAGCUCAAUAUGCUCCCAAAAUCUGAAUGCUUGUAUGUUUCAUUUCAUCA